AACAAUGGUCCCAUAGAAGCCGUCAUUGAGCCCGUGCAGGACAAAGAGUUCUUUCUCCGUGAGCCUCUGCUGAGACUGUCGCACAAUAUAUAGCCAGCCAACCGCUGUGACCUGAUCUGCCAACGUUCAUUUACGCUUUUCUGACACGCGCUUCUAUAGGCAAAGGCCGGGUGCUUUCUGGAAACCACCGAUCCAUAUUUCGACUGAAUAACCGGCCCUAGUGCUCGGGAGCCUCUUCAGUAUGCCAGAGGCCAGGGCUUCUUCACCUCAUUCUCACACUGUGGUCGAUUCUGCCAGUAUUGUUGCUCCAGAGCGCCGAGUCACAUGCUUGCCACGUCCCACCACGCGCUCAGCAGUCCCAGGAUCGACGACCGAUGAGAGACACAGACGGCACCACCCAUGCUUUGUCCCCACUCUUACUCACUUACGGACUCCCCUGUAUCCUCUGGUAUCCAGCAUUACUGCCCUCGCACACCCAGACUUCCCUACUACUCUCCUCGCCUUCCAUCUCCUGACUUCUCGACAACUAGAUGAGCUUGCCAUCCAUUAUCAUCAAGUGUGGCCACCAGCCCCCGCGACCUCUUACUAUCCCGUGGUCAUCCCGCCCUGGGUUGGUACAGAAAACGAAAAGGACGUGGACAUUGAAACUAAGCGGCGGCGGUUCGGUCGGUUCAUCGGGCUCCAGCGUUGCGAGACCCCCGCGGAAGAACAGGAGUCAUACUCAUGGGGAAUGGAACAAGAAACUGAGACAGAGCUACUAGAGCUCAUUGAUCAAGAGUGGAACGAAAGUUGAAUAUCGUCACUCAUCGCUUCAAGUAUGGGAAGGUUUUAUGUAACCAAAGACCUGAUAGUGAGUCGCUCCCUUUAGUGUCUCGUUCCAAAUUCGAACGCCCAAGCUUAUGUCUUGCAAGGCUUCAUUUUUUUUCCU